AUGCAAACAGGCAGUGGAGCAAAAAACCCACCAUGGGCUCGUUCAAAUGUGAACACUAACAUGACCGGCAUGAAUCCGCAGAUUAUGGACCCAAAUGCCGCAAUGAUGUCUCAACAAGGUAUGAUGCCUUUUCAGCAGACUCAAGCUGUGUUUAAUCCAAGCAUGAUACAAGCACAAGGUGGUAUGGCAAUGCCAAUGGCAGGACAAAUGCCAAUGAACCAAAUGGCACAAGGUCAAAUGUAUCCAGGAAAUGUUGUAGCUUAUCCUACACCACGCGCGAUGAAUCCAAACAUGUAUCAAAACAAUACACCUAAUCAAACACAGCAAUCAAGUGAACAGCGAGUAUUUACCGGUACCGUAACAAAGACGCAUAAUGAUUUCGGCUUCGUCGAUCAUGAUGUAUUUUAUCAGACGUCUGUCUGUCCAAAGGGAGCCAUUCCCAAAGUAAACGACAGGGUACUUGUUGAAGCUACAUAUAACCCCAGUAUGCCCUUUAAAUGGAAUGCUACUCGUGUACAACUUCUACCAAAAGGUGGACCUAACCAAAAAGUUAAUCCUCAAAAAUCUAAUACCUACAAUGCAGUCCCACCACCAUCUAACAAAAAGGCUAUGCUAUCACGUCGCGAUGACCGACGUGAUGAUCGACCUUCAAGAAGAGAUGACAGACCCCAAUUCCAGAAACGAUCGCGUACGAGGAGUCGAUCACGAUCACGUGAUAGACGAGAUAGUCGUACUCGCAGGGACUCUCCACCAAGGAAGCGCCCAAUAAUGCAUCAACCAUCACCUGCUAAAUACGUUGUUAGAGUCCCUAGAAUACCACUUGAUAUUCAUAAGAUAGAUGUUCCAACACUAUCACAGCGAUACACAAAUUUAUACAUACCAUCAGAUUUCUUUAAUGCUUAUGUUAAAUGGGGAGAGACUUUCCCACCUCAAGCACCGUUCUCAAUUAAUAACCCUUGUACUUAUCACAUUAUGAGCAAAGAUGUGCCUAACCCAAAUGCUAACGAGUCUAUUUUAGAACCUCCAGAUGCAGACUACAGAUUUUCAGCUAAGGUAAUGUUGAUCAGUAUGCCGACAUUGGAAUCCUUGUAUCAAAAAUGUGGCCUUACAAAAGUUGAUGAAAAGGAUAAACGGUCUAGUAAAACACCUCUGCAUCCUACACGCUUAAUAAAAUUUCUGGUUGGCCAAAAGGGUAAAGCGGGUGAAAACUUUGCUAUAGGUGGACCUUGGAGUCCUUCCUUGGAUGGUGAAAAGCCGGAAAGUGACCCUGGUGUACUAGUUAAAACAGCUAUAAGAACUUGCAAAGCUUUAACUGGUAUCGAUCUCUCCAACUGUACACAGUGGUACCGAAUGGUGGAGUUUUACUACUGGCGCGAAGGCGGCGGCAAGUCGAGACUCGAGUGUGUGGUGUUGUUCCUGCCCGACGUGUGGUCGGCUCAGCCGUCGCGGGUCGAAUGGACGACGGUCCACGACCUCUAUAGAGCGGCGUGCGACGCGGCUCUGCGCAGGCUGGACGGCGAGGAGGCGCCCUCCCCGCCGCCCGCCGCGGCCCCCGCGGCCCCGGCCUCCGCCCCCGCGUCUGCGCAGCCCCAGGACGACGCCUCGGACAAAUCCCAAAUUGAUACUGCCAAUGCCAAUGAUAGUACGAUAACAAUAGAUGAGAAUGACGACGAUGAGGACGGCAAGCCAGAACCUACACAUUAUUCUAAAAUAGACCUCAGGACUAUUAAAGUUGAUCAACUCAGAGAAGAGUUACGAGCUCGUAAUGUUAGCUGCAAAGGUCUUCGUGCUCAAUUAGUGUCCCGAUUAUCUAAACUUUUAAAAAUUGAAGAAGGAAAAGAAAGUAAAAGUGAUGAGGUUAUGGAAGUUGAAGAUGAUGAGCAGGAAGAAAAGAAGGAAAAGAUUGAGGAAGCAGAGACGGUAGAAAAAAGCAAUGACCAAGAUAAAUCAGAGAAACCAAAAGAAGCAACAGUAGACAUUUCAGAUGAUAAAGACGACAAGAGUGAGAAAAAAGAUAUUGUUGAUGCAGAUAAGAAAAAAGUAAAAGAUGAUAAGAAAGAAAAGAGUCAAGAGAAGAAAGAUAAACCAAAAACAGAAAAAGAAAUUGAAGAAGAAAAGAAGAGGAUAGAAAAGGAAAAGCAAAUAUUAAAAUCGAAGUUCGAGUUGCCGGCGUCCCCCCACAUAAUAGUGCAUCCACACGGCGCGGCCAAGGGCGGCAAGUUCAGCUGCAGCGUGGCGACCCUGUCCCUGUUGUUGGACUACCGUAUUACUGACAAUAAGGAGCACAGCUUUGAGUUGUUCGUAUUUGCGGAACUGUUCAAUGAAAUGCUAAUGCGGGAUUUUGGAUUCUAUGUCUAUAAGACAUUGUACACUUUGCCUGAAAAAGCAGAGGAAGUUAAGGAAAAGGACAAGAGUGUGGAGAAAGUUGAAAAGAAGGACGAGAAGAAACCUGAACCAGAUAAGAAAGAAGAAAAGAAAGAUGACAAAGAGAAAAAAGAAGAAAAGCGUGACUCGAGGAAGCGGGAAAGACGGGAUUCCCGUAGCGACGACGAACGUAGCAGUUCCCCCAAACGCCGCAGUCGCGGGGUGGACCUGCCUCCGGACCCCUAUUUGCUGCUCUCCCUCGUGUACUUCGACACGUCCCGAGGAGGCACCAUCACUCGCAAAGACCUGCAGAACCUCUUUAUGAGCCUAGGCCUGCAGCUGUCCAGGUCCCAGAUUCGGAAUAUACUGGAGAAAGUGUGUAUACGAGAUAGCUUUAGUUACAAAUCACUAAUGCAAGCUAUCAAGGACUUGGCCGCGGGCACUCCUGAGGCCAUCCAGGACCUGCCGCUGGACAGCACCGUCACAAACAGCGAAGUACCGCCUCAUAUAGCUGAGCUAGAAGCAACCAUAGCAUCGGGCAACCGAGAAUUACUACCAGUGUUUAACAGAAGAAACGAAAGUGAAAAUUCAGAUUCCACUGCAACAAAAGAUGUUAGUGAAACUGGCAUGGUGAUGUACAAGUCGGUGGUGGUGGACGUGGGCGCGCUGGUGGGCGGCGCGGCGCGCUGGGCGGGUGAGCGCGCGCGGCUGGAGGCGGCGCUGGCGGACGCGGCGGCGGCGCUGCGGGUGGCGCGUGCCGCCGCCGCCUCCACGCAGCGCGCCGAGCGCGGCGCGCAGGUGCAGCUCCACGACGUGUGCGCCGCGCUCGCCGCCGCGCGCGCGCGUAUCAGCUCGCUCACCGCGAGCUCCAAAAUCUUCCAUUCUGCUUUAAAAAGCAUCCAAGCCAAGGUCGAAGCUGUAGUCAAUAUAAAGUAUGAAGACGACGAUGUUGUUGAAGUUGUCAACGGACCAUCGAAGACAGAGAAGGAUGAAAAGGAUUCUAAAGAAGAUAAAACUGACACAGAAAAUAAAGAAAAAGACGACGAAGAUAAAAGCAAUGUCAUAAAAGAAGAACCUUCAAAAGAAAACAAAGAGACUGAUAUUAUUGCCACAGAAAAUAUGGACCUCGAUGAAAAAGAA